GAUGAUAUGAUAGUCACUAGCGUGCGAGCUGAGGACCACAUUGACGACUUGGACGAAACAUUUCAAAAUUUGCGUCGAGCUCAAAUGAAACUGAAUCCCUUGAAAUGCACGUUUGCUGUGGAAUCAGGGAAAUUCCUAGGGUACGUGGUAUCCAAGAAAGGAAUUGAAGUAAACCCAGAGAAGGUUGAGGCUGUUCAGCAGAUGGAGCCGCCAAGGACUGUCAAAGACGUGCAACGUUUGACGGGCCGUGUUGCUGCGUUGCACAGGUUUAUAGCCAGGUCGGCAGAAAGAUGCCUCCCGUUCUUCAAGGCCCUGAGAGAGCCCAAGAACUUUCAAUGGACCGAUGCGUGUCAGCAGGCCUUUGACGAGCUCAAACGACACUUGGCGUCAGCGCCCCUGCUGUCCAAGCCUGUGGAGGGGGAGAGCUUGUAUUUGCAUUUAGGGGUUACUACAGAGGCGAUUAGCUCGGUCUUACUCAGGGAAGAGAACAAGAACCAGAAGCCUAUCUGUUAUGUGAGCAAGGUCUUACAAGGCGCCGAGCAGAAUUACCCAACAGCAGAAAAGGCCGCUUUUGCCCUAGUUUACACAGCUCACAAGUUGAGAGCUUACUUCCAAUCACAUCAGAUUGUUGUCUAUACCGAUUUGCUGUUGAGGAAGAUACUGCAAAAACCGGAGCUCUCUGGUCGGCUCAUUGGAUGGAGCAUCGAGCUGAGUGAGUAUGAUCUCAAAUUUCAGCCGCGCACAACCAUAAAAGGCCAGGCCAUUGCAGACUUUCUGGUAGAAUGCAUCUCGGCAACGGAGGUAGACAAGGCACUUGAUCACCCAGCCUGGGUUCUGUAUGUUGAUGGAGCUGCUAACAUUGAAGGGUCAGGUGCUGGGGCUGUGUUGCUAGGCCCAGAUGGCUUUAAAUCUGAGCACGCAUUGCGGUUUAAGUUCCAGACCACCAAUAAUGCUGCUGAGUAUGAAGCCCUCAUCUAUGGUUUGAAACUGGCGUCCGAGCUGAAGGUACAGAGCAUACAAAUUUUCAGUGAUUCUCAGCUCGUGGUGGGCCAGGUAAAUGGCAGCUGUGAAGUUAGGGAUCCCCAGCUUGGCCGUUACACCUCUGUGGUCAACAGAUUGAAGUUAAGAUUUGCUUCAUUCCAGAUCGACAAAAUACCAAGAGCUGACAACCACCGAGCUGACGAGCUGUCAAGGUUGGCCUCCUCGCGGGACUUUAACCCUCAAAGGUCAACCAUCAUCGAAGUGCUGGACGCUCCGAGCUACACUGAUUUCACGGUCGAGUGUCAGCUACUAAGCACAGAUCCCACCACACCGAGCUGGACUACCCCACUUAUAACCUAUCUGCAAAGUGGCGAGCUGCCCGAAGAUCUGUCCGCUGCGAAAUUGAUUAAACGAAAGGCAGCACAUUUCACUUUAUUAGAUAGCCAGCUCUACAAGCGAGCAGCCUCAAUGCCCCUAUUACGCUGUCUUACCCCUUACGAAGCUGAAUACGCUGUGAGAGAAAUUUACGAAGGAGUAUGUGGCACGCACAUCGGUGGCAAAACUUUAGCUCGGAAGCUCCUCAGGCAUGGUUAUUACUGGCCUACUAUGGUCGAGGACGCGCAGAACUAUGUCAAAAAGUGUCCGACCUGCCAGUUCAACGCUGAUGACAUUCGCAUGCCAGGGGAAAUGCUAUCAUCUCUCACGUCCCCCUGGCCCUUUGCCCAAUGGGGUGUCGACCUGCUCGGCCCUUUUAUCAAAGGCAAAGGAGGCUGCACUUUCCUGGUCGUCGCAGUGGAUUAUUUCACAAAGUGGAUAGAGGCCAAACCACUGUCCACGACAACAGAAAGGAAAAUAGAAGAAUUCUUGUUCAAUUCAAUAUUGUGCAGGUUCCGCAUACCUAAGCGGAUUAUCGCUGACAAUGGGCCACAAUUCCGAUCCAAUGGGCAAGCCGAGUCCGCCAAUAAAAUCGUCUUGCGAGGCCUCAAGGCACGAGUUCUGGCCGCACAUUCUAAUUGGGUUGACGAGCUCAAUAAAGUGCUUUGGUCAUGUCGCACCACACCCAGCUCGGCCACAGGCGAAACCCCUUUUAGCCUGGCCUAUGGAGCUGAGGCCGUCAUCCCAGUGGAGGUUGGAUUGCCAUCCGACAGAGCAGAUCGCCAUGACGAUCAGAAUAAUGAACAACUCUUAAGAGAGAAUCUAGAUUUUGUGGAAGAAAUCAGGGAGAUGUCCAGAAUAAGAAACAUGGCACAUCAAAAUCGUGUUGCAAAAUUUUACAAUAAAAGAGUCCGAGCUCGCCAGUUUCAAGUUGGCGACCUGGUCCUACAUAAAGCCGGAUUAACUAACACUCAUUCACACAUGGGCAAGCUCGCUCCUAAUUGGGAAGGCCCCUACAUGGUGGUUCGAGUAAAGCGACCUGGCUCUUACGUGUUAGCAGAUAUACACGGGCGUCAGUUACCUUACCUUUGAAACAUACAGAAUCUUAGAAAGUUUUACAGUUAACAUGUGUAAUAUUAUGUCGCUUAAGGUGUUAUCCAACAGUUGUAGACAAACAUAUACAGCAAAUGCAACAAAGAUUCAAAAGAAAAUUCAUUUUUGUAU